AUGGUUCAGGAUCACAACGACCCGAGUAAUAGAGAAAGUUCAGUCACAGACGUCUCGUCACCCCCUGUCACAAAUGGCGACGACGGCAUCGUUGGUGAGAAUGGAGGAAUCGGUGGAGGCGAAGAAUCCGUCCUUGCUGGCGAGGACGACGAAUCCAUGGCAGGCGACGGUAAUGGCUCGAAAGACAGUCUUCGACGGACGAGCUCCAAGAUCGCAAACUUGAGAUUGGCGUUCGAGAAGCAGAAUGAUGGUACAUCGCCGAAUGGCAAAAGUGUGUUCGAGAGAAGUCCAGCGAGAAGUCGAGAUCGAGGAGGGGACAUGACCAAAUUGAAAGAGCAGCACGAGGCGGAAAUCGCGAAGAUCAAGGCACAGCAAGAGGUUGAGGUAGCGCGACUCAAGGAACAACAUCAAUCAGAGACUGUCAAUCUCAAGCGGCAGUUGGGGACUGAGGUGGAAAUGCGACAAGCGUUUGAGGACAAGUGUACGGGUCUUGAGGAGCAGAUCGAAGCACUGCAGGCGCAGGUGGCACGCAAGGGCAAUGAACACGAAUCUGAGCUGGAACGAAGAACGACAACUCUGCAGCAAGAGAAGGUUAAAGCACAAGAGGACGCCAACAACCUGCAAAAGCAACUCUACGAACUCAAACGAGGCAUCUCAACAUCAACGCGGAUAGACAACGAAGUGUCAGACUCGAGCUUCACGCAACAGUUCCAGAAUCUCUACCACGAGACACAGAACUGGGUGGUCAACAACUAUCGCAAAAUCAAGGUCGAGAAGACGAGCGAGGAGAUAUGUGCUCUCUUGCAGAACAUCGCAGAGCCCAAGCAGCUCGAAAACCUGGAACCGAUCUUUCGAAAGUUCGACUCAUCGAUAAAGCUCGCAGCCUUCCAAGCCACAGCAGUAUGCUACAUGAUGGAGAUCUUCAACGAGCCACUCCUCUUCGGGCUUCCUAGCCAACAAGACUGGCGAAGGAGCAUCAAGAAAGCAGCCGAGACCCUCCCGGCAGUCCUCUCGCCGGCAUCUUAUAACAAAUGGCGUUCAGUCACGACAGAUGCACUUCGGCAAAGCGAGAGUGAAGAAAUCAAGACGUCUCUCGAAUCCGCGGCGAAGAGCAUGGCGGAGAUGAUAUGCAUCACGCUGAAUACACUAAGUGAUGCGGAGGACUCUGCGGCGAGGGUGACUUCGUUGCAAGCGAUCCUCAAAAGGACUGUCUCUCUAUCUCACCUCUUUCGCAUCCAGCGCGCGAGAUAUGAAUUCGAUCUCCCGACACCUGGAAGCACUUUUAUGCCCGGGAAAAUGGAGGACGCUUCUGUUGCCGAUGGUGCUGCUUCGUCAGAGCGCAUGGUUCGAUGCAGUACCUUUCCUGGUGUUGUGAAGAUUGGCGAUGAGAAUGGCGAGAACGGUGAAGUGCGCCAUAUUGUGAUGAAGGCCAUGGUUGUUUGCAGUGGCUGA